GGUAUCGUGUACGGUUUGAAAAUUUGAUCUGAGAUCUUUUAUAUAAAACAUAGACUUGAGCAUGACAAAACACCUACUCACUCGGUAUUAUCAUCUAUUCUAUUCUGCUUCAAAGUUGAAAGUUUAAGCACGGCACCGUAGCACUCAAUGGCAAGCGCAAGCGUAGAGAAUAAUACUAAUCUCACUCUUUAUGGAUAUUGGAGAAGUUCAUGUUCCUUCCGUGCCCGAAUUGCUCUCAACCUCAAAGGUCUCAAAUAUGAUUACAAACCAGUUAAUCUCUUGAAGGGAGAACAAUCUCACCCUGAGUUUCUCCAACUCAACCCUGUUGGUUUUGUUCCCGUUCUCGUUGAUGGUUCUGCUGUUAUUUUCGACUCUUUCGCCAUUAUCAUGUAUUUGGAGGACAAGUAUCCUCAACAUCCUUUGCUUCCUACUGAUAUUCACAAAAGAGCAAUCAAUUUCCAGGCUGUUAGUAUUGUUUCUUCGUCAAUUCAACCUCUUCAAAACUUAAACCUUCUGAAGUACAUCGAGACAAAUGUUGGCCCGGAUGAAACACUUCCAUGGGUCCAGAGUGUAAUUAGAAAAGGCUUCACAGCACUUGAAAAGCUAUUGAAAGAACACACUGGGAGGUAUGCUACUGGUGACCAAGUUUCUAUGGCGGAUGUAUUUUUAGCACCUCAGAUACAUGCUGCAACUAAUAAAUUCAACAUUGACAUGAAUGAGUUCCCUAUUCUCUCGAGAUUACAUGAGACAUAUUAUGAUAUUCCAGCAUUCCGGGAGGCUUUGCCAGAGAAUCAGCCAGACGCUGUAGGCUAGCUGAGUCAAUAAUUUGGGACUAUUGAUGAAUAACAGAAAUGCGACCCGAUGUUGGGUUGAAGAAAUUGCACCAGGACCAACUCAUUCAGCAUUUGGUUGAAUUUGUAACAAUAUACUAUACUCUGUAACCAUAAUGUUGCCAUGUGCAAUUUACUGCACCGAUUUCUUUCUCUAAGCCUCGCCUGUGAUUUUCACAUGUAAUAAGACAAAUAUGUAGUGUAUUUUCUAUUUUGUAUAUUGAUGCUCCUAAAAUACUCUUUUCUAUAGAGAUAUGUUUAAAUUUGA